GAUGUAUUUUUUAUACAGUGACGUAUGAUCAGAGGAGAGGAAGUACUUUUUUGUUGGUUGGUAGGGAGGGGCCUAUUUUAGUUUCCUCAGCGCUAUUUUCAGAACUAAGUAAUCUAUAUAUUAAUCACGAUGUAGCCUUUGUGUUUCAUCUAAAAACAAUUACCAACGCUCGUCUUAUUUAAGGGGACACACCUCGGGAAGGACCUGUAAAGCGGAACACAUUUGACUCUUCAUCAGGCUCUGGACCUAAACCAGUUGUGGGUAAAAUAAAACCAGCAUACAACACCUCCGUUGUUUAUCUCCUGUGUAACCAGUACAUAAUUCAAUAAGACAAACAAACUGCUACAUGCAACAAUGUCCAUGGCACUGAAGCAAGUCUUCAACAAGGACAGGACAUUCCGGCCGAAGCGCAAGUUUGAGCCUGGGACUCAACGCUUUGAGUUGCACAAGAAGGCCCAGGCAUCUCUGAAUGCAGGUCUGGAUCUGAAGCAGGCCGUGGCGCUUCCCCAUGGAGAGGACCUGAAUGACUGGGUGGCCGUGCAUGUGGUGGACUUCUUCAACCGUAUCAACCUCAUCUAUGGCACCAUCAGUGACUCGUGCACUGACCAGACCUGCCCAGUCAUGUCCGGGGGGCCCAAGUACGAAUACCGCUGGCAGGACGAGCACAAGUACAAGAAGCCCAUGGCUGUCCCGGCCCCCAAGUACAUGAGCCUGCUGAUGGACUGGAUCGAAGUACAGAUCAACAACGAGCACAUCUUCCCCACCAACGUCGGUACUCCUUUCCCUAAGACCUUCAUGCAGGUAGCUAAGAAGAUUCUGUCGCGCCUAUUCCGUGUGUUCGUCCACGUCUACAUCCACCACUUUGAUUGUGUGAGCCAGAUGGGUGCAGAGGCCCACGUCAACACCUGUUACAAGCACUUCUAUUACUUUGUAACGGAGUUCAACCUCACUGACCAUAAGGAGCUUGAGCCACUGAAAGAGAUGACCACACGGAUGUGCCACUAAGGAAGCGCCACUGCCCACAUGACACGUCCCCCUUGAAGACUAGUUCCGUCCACAUAGAAGACUGAAACAGGAAACAAAAACCAAAUCUAAAAAGAGUCUUUAUUUUUAUAAACAAGUACUGUAAUCUAUUUUAACCAUGUAGGUUUGUUUAACCUGGAACCUUGUAAGGCAUUGUCUUUGAAUAUUUUUUAAGCGUUUUAUCAUAUUACAGUAUUAGGAGAAGCCUCUAUCUUUUUUUUUUUCUUAUCUGAAGCUGAAUCAUUCCUGUCUUUUUGUUUGUUCUCAUUUUAUCAAAAAAUGAAUAUACUGUAUGUAUGUUUAUAUUUCCAAGAUUGUAGUAUGUAGAGACAUGUAGUCACUGUUUUCUAUUCUAAAUGUAUGCUAUAAAAUUGGUUGUUUGAAUAGGCAUUUACAUUGGUAUGCUGUCUGUGUUUUACAUGUAGUUCAUAUCUAGGUUUCUAUAAAUUUUUUACUGGGAAAUAUAGCAGUAUUCACCAUGGCAUAUUUCUGUUAAGGGUGUGUGGUAUAUGGCCAAUCUACAUGGCUACAAAUGACUGACUGCCUGGACUGUGGCACUCAGGAAUUCACCCUCUCUGACUUCAUUGGCUGAUUGCUCCUGAUGACCAGCUGGAGCAGAUCCCUUGCUAGGACCGACUUAAAAAGAAAUCUUUGUCUGUGUUUACAAUCAGGUGACCUUUCAGUCACUACAAACCAAAUCCUUCAUAUUUCCUGUUGAUUUACUUUUACGUAUUUUUGUGUGUUUUUUAUAAUUAUGGGAAAAGCCUAAAGGCCAAAUACGUAGUUUUUUUAUUUUAUCACAAUUCUCUGCACAAUCUCUCCUAUAUUAGAUAAUUGCUGGAUGGACCAUGUUAAGACUGUUAGAACAAUUUAAUGUGUUAGGGUAGUAGAAAUCAGAGAAAUUAAGGAAGAAUUGUUUUUUAUUAAUGGUCAAUAUUUUAGCACACAAAGGGUCCCCACUGGGAGAAGGCCAUGCUUUGCUGGUCCAUGGCAUGAAACCGUUUGAGAAAGACUAGUCAGAUGCAUUCAGGAGUGCACAUGUGAGACCGAAAUGAGGACCACAACAAGAAAGCGCUAUGAAAACCGAGAACAGCAUGGUAGGAUCAACUACUAGAGAACCAUUGUGUAACGUGAGUACACACGUUCUGGGGUUGUGGAGGAACAUAUUAAAAUGUGCUCACAUAAUUGUUAAGGUAGUAAGAGUCUUAUAGUGUAUGCAUUGCCCAUCUAGUGGCAUUGAAAAGAAAAUGACUGAAACAACAAAUAUAUCAUGGAGGUCUUAAUUUAGUCCACAAGGUGGCAGAAGGAGCACAAAUAUGGCUGGUGUAAUUGUGUCAAAGUAAAUGCAGUAGGAAUUGCAUUCCGUCUACUAAUUUAUUUUAAACAAAACAUUUUAACAAAUGAAGAUGAAAGUAGCUUGUGACACAUGAUUCAGGUUAAUGAUCAAAUAUAGUUCAAAAUCAACAGUUUGUGAACUGUAAUGAGAGACAGACUUAUUGGCCCUUUAAAAGAGGCAUGGGCACAGACAUCUGGGUCAUGGAAUCUCAGAACGUUGGUCUGCAACCAGUAGAGCAUCUUUCUAGUUUCAUUUGGAAAGGUCAUUAUUUAAACAUUUCAAAUGAAUCACUUAUUAAGAUAAUGUUAAUAUUGACCUGAAAUUACACAAAGUUAGCUGUUUAAACUUAAGUAACAUUCAAUUAAAUUUGCUGUCUUUAAUAAAUAGGCUUCACAAAGGUAUGCUUACACGAAAGCCACUUUUACAAAAGUGCAUGACCUCUAGCUUUGACAGAAAUAAUUCCCCUAGCCUUAACAAUAGUAAAUAGCAGAAUGUAAAUGUUUUCUGUCUCUGCAUACCUAUCCAGUCAUGUGCUUAUAUUAUUUAGAAUUGAAAUGGCACAAGAUAACACUGCGGAAUGUGUGACUCUGCAAAUAUUAGGUUUUGAUGGCACACCCUAACGGUUCCAUGAUUUGCAAGCUAGUUUCCUAAUGAACUUUUUGUAUUAUCUCAUUGACUCUGUUUUUGUACAAAUGGACUAUGCAGUAAGUUGAAAUAAAGUUCUACAGUAGAGGGAAUUUGUGCUUGUAAUGCAAAUAAAUGUAAUGCAUUACUCUUUACAAGUGUCAAAUUAGGUUGAAAUAUAAUUGGGUAGAAACACUAAGUAUAGAUUAUUCACUGUAAGUAUAAACGUGUGCUACUCAUUAAACUACAGCUCCGGGAAAAAUUUAGAGACCACAGCACCUUUUUUAAAAUUU